CUGCUUUCCCCAACGUGCUUGCUUACACCAAUAGCUUUUCAGCUGAGAAACAUCUACUCCGCCUGAUCCUGUGCUGAUCAUGAUGUGCCCAGCUCUGAGCUGGGGCCUCUAGACACCACUACAAAUAACAAAUAUGAUUUUCCCUUUACGCUUGUCUCCUUCACCUCCAUCCACGCUGCAAGUGCUUGUGAGAGCCUGCAAAGAGACGUUGCCUUGUGCUGCUUUGGAGAUCCCAGCAAGAAAUGAGAGUCUGAUGGAUUGUAAAUGCACCUGCCGUCUUUAAACACCAGCCAAACAGAUAAGUGCACUUUUAAUUAUCUCAGCAGCAUUUUACAUGUAGCUCUGCACAUCAUCUCUCUCCAAAUCAGUUUCAAUUUGGUGAGCUCUGUGUUUCACCAUUUCAAAUGAGUGCUCCGUGUUUCUCCUUUCAGCUUAGAAAUACCAAUCAACACCAGUAAAAUACUAGAUGAUACUGGUAUUUCAUGUGAGCAAACUAAUUAGCAUCUGAAGGAACUGCAGCUGAUGGCUUGGGAAGCUCCUGGGGUCUGUCCUUACUUCACUAGAGCCACUGUCUCCAGCAGCCCUAGGAGUUUUUGGGACUCGGGAGCACCUCUGCAGGACCAGACUAGGCUAAUGUGAUCCAUAUGAGCCUUAAGGAGUCUUCUGGGACUCAUUAGAGGUUUAAUAACUGAACUUGGCUGUUUUGAUUGAGAAGAUGCUUGUACAGGCUUGGUGUGAUCUCAGAGCAACCAGCUAAUGCUGCUGGCAGGAGAGAGGGCUUUCUGCAUGUGCUGUUCAUAUGUGCGAGGAGAAAGUGGUAACCCCUGCUUUUCCCUGCCAUUUUCCAGGUGGGAGAAGAGCCAGGGAUGGGGGAGAGAAGCUCUUAGUUGUACUGACUUUAUACAGGGCAUACAAAGACACUUCGUGGGUGAGCCUUCCCAGUACUUGGAAAACCAGAGCUCCUGGAUGCAUGACCUUCCUCUGGGAUUAGAAGAAAGCCAUGGGAAAAGACAAGAAAGGAGAUGAGGCUGUUUUCCUGAGGAAAAAGAUCACUUUGCUGCGGGCUUUCUCACUCCUCAUCGGCAGCAUGGUUGGCAGCGGCAUCUUUAUCUCCCCUAAAGGAGUACUGAAAAACUCCGGCAGUGUGGGUUUCUCCCUGGUUGUCUGGUUUGCUUGUGGGCUGCUCUCAAUGUUUGGUGCCUUGUGUUAUGCAGAGCUUGGGACAAGAAUCACCAAAUCUGGAGGACACUAUAUCUACAUUUUGGAGACGCUGGGGCCCCUGCCAAGUUUCUUAUUCCUAUGGGCAGAGUUUUUUGCUAUCAGGCCUGCCAACAGUGCUGUGGUGUCUUUGGCUUUUGGACGCUACAUGCUGGAGCCAUUUUUUGCUCCUUGUGCAGCUCCUGUCUCUGCUGUGAAGCUGGUGUCUCUCCUGGGGUACUACAUGGUCCUCACCCUCAAUUCCUGGAGUGUCACCUGGAGUGCCCGACUGCAGACGGCUCUCUCCGUUGUCAAACUCCUGGCUCUUGCACUUAUCAUCGUACCAGGGAUGAUGCUGCUGGCCCAGGGCCACACUGAAAACUUCCAGGAUGCUUUUGACAAACAGUCUCUUGUUUUGGAUAAGCUGCCCCUGGCAUUUUAUGCAGGCAUGUUCGCAUAUUCAGGCUGGUUUCAGACUGGCUUUGUGCGUGAAGAGUUGGUCAGACCUGAACGAAAUAUCCCCCUGGCUGUCAUUGUGUCUGUGAUCACAGUAAUCGUGGGCUACAUGCUCACCAACGUCUCCUAUUACACGGUCCUGGGAAGGCAAGAUGUUUUGGCCUCUCCUGCUGUGGCUGUGAGCUUUGUUCAGCGAGCCUUCAAAAGCCUGAUAUCUGUGGUCCCUGUCCUUGUUGCACUCUCCUGCUUUGGAACCAUGAAUGGAGGGAUCUUCACGUUUUCAAGGACUCUCUUCGUGGCUUCCAGGGAAGGACAGUGGCCUCCUCUCUUCUCCAUGAUCCACAUUCGAAGGCAUACACCUCUUCCCUCUGUCAUGUUAAUGUUCCCUUUGGUUACCGCCAUGGUGUGUAUUGGAGAUAUCUACCAUCUCUUGAACUUCUUCAGCUUUUCCCGAUGGCUCUUCAUAGGAUUGGCCACCCUUGGACUCAUUGUCCAUCGCCGUCGUCACCCGGAGCUGCACAGCCCCUUCAAGGUUCCCUUGUUUGUUCCUGUCUUUUUUACCAUCACCUGCCUCUUCACAGUGGUAAUGUCUUUCUACUCAGAUCCUGUGAGCAUUAGCAUUGGAUGCAUGGUAGUCUUAAGUGGUUUUCCGGUCUACUACCUCUUAAUCCAUAGGCAAAUGUCAAGCCGUUGCCGCAGCCUGUUUUAUUACCUUACACACAAACUACAGUUACUGCUGGAAGUAGUCCAACAAGAAAUCAAGACUUACUGAGGAAACUUACUGAGACCUUACAGAAGAGAAAAUCUGCUUACUCCAUUUCUGACACCUUUGACCCUAGUGAAAGCAGGCCAUGCUCUUAUUUUUGUGAUCGCUGAAAAUGAAGAUGGGUCUGAGCCAAAACCUUUCUGCAAGUGUUCCUAAACUUGCUAAUCGGGAUUGGGACGAGCAUGUUGCAUCUGUUUCUGUCUUUUUUGUUUCUAGCAGAACAAUCUAGUUCUCUGAAACAAGCUUGCUUUUCCUGCAGUGUCUUUGAAACCAGAAUCCUAAUGUUGCAGCCUAGCCCAACUCAGCCAAACUGGGGCUGUGGGUGUGUAUAACACUUCUCCUAUGGAGAAAGGCUACAAGAGUUGAUGUCGUUCAUCCUGGAGAAGGCUCCAGGGAAGCCUUAGUGCAGCCUUGCAGUACUUAAGGGGGGAGGCUAUAAGAAAGUGGGAGACUAGCAGUGCCUGUUGUGACACAAGGGGCAAUGGUUUUAAACUGAAAGAGAGAAGACUUAGUCUAGAUAUAAGGGAGAAACUUUUUACAGUGAAGGUUUCAAAACACUGGACCAGAGUGCCCAGGGAGGUGGUAGAAGUCUCAUCGUUAGAAAUAUUCAAGGCCAGGUUAGAUAGGGCUCUGAGCAACCUGGUCUAGUUAGAGAUGUCCCUGCUCACUGCAGAGGGGUUGGACUGCAUUACCUUUAAACAUCCCUUCUGAUCCAAACCAUUCUAUUAUUCUCUUGUUUUACAUAUAUAUACAUAUAUAUAUACACACAUAUACACUUUUGUAUGCAUGCACAGACAUACAUUAUUUUUUGAUUUCCUAACUUGGCAAACAGAGAAACAGAGGAAGGGAGCAUGUGUCCAGAGAAGGGUGAUGAAGCUGGUGAGGGACCUGGAACACAAACCCUAUGAGGAGAGGCUGAGGGAGCUGGGGUUGUUUAGCCUGGAGAAGCGGAGCCUCAGGGAUGCCUCACUGCUGCCUACCACUACCUGAAGGGAGGCUGUAGUCAGGUGGGGGUUGGUCUCUCCUCCCAGGCAAGCAGCAACAGAACAAGGGGACACAGUCUCCAGUUGUGCCAGGGGAGGUAUAGGCUGGAUGUUAGGAGGAAGUUCUUCACAGAGAGAGUGAUUGGCAUUGGAAUGGGCUGCCCAGGGAGGUGUUGGAGUCACCAUCCCUGGAGGUGUUCAAGAAAAGACUGGAUGAGGCACUUAGUGUCAUGGUCUAGCUGAUUGGACUGGGUGGUAGGUUGGACUGGAUGAUCUUGGAGGUCUCUUCCAACCUGACUGAUUCUAUGAUUGUAUGAUUUUAUGUAGCAGAACUUAGAGUCCAGUAUGUGGAAGCGGGUUUCAAAUUGAAGUGUUGUUGUAUCCCUGCUGUGGACAAAUAUUAGAAAGGGGAAAGGAUGAGGUUACAAGUUAGAAAUAAGGUAGAGGAAUUGGAAAGGAGGGCAUGGGGAUAAAACUUCAUUCACCAGAAAGUGCACAUUCAGGUUAAUCAGAAUAUAUUUGAAAACCCUUUGAAAUUCAAAUGUUGAAAAAGUUUUGCAUUGAUUAUUGUAACAGAUCCUGAUCCUCUCCCUGACUCUUCAAACCUGCUCCUCACCAGGUACUGCCAGUGAGGUUGAAAAUUCAGAUUGUGGCCCAAUUCUAGGGAAAUACAGUAUUUCCUUUAGUUAGACAGUACCAUUGAUGAGACUCAGGCAGAUGCACGAAUAAGCACAUCUUUUGAUGCUGUAAGAAGACAUGGGUGGCUUCAUGUCAGAGCUUUAACUUUAAAUCUGCAAUCAAAUGGCUUGCUGAAUUGAUACAUAAAUGCUCAUUUGAACUAUUGCCAUACAAAAGAGUUCUGUUGCAUUUCUAUGGCUUACGUUAUUAAUGUAUCAAUGCUAUAUCCAAGUAAAACAGCAAUUAGCUAUUUCAAAUUGCUGAAUUGUUAAUCUUUUCCUAGAUGAUGGGAAGCAGUAUGCUGAGAUGCCUCUAAUGAUCACUGGAGACAGGAAUAAUACAAUGUGGAGUAUCUUUUGUAUCAAGUAUUUACGUACGUAGUGUAAAAUCAAAAUGCCAUUUACAAACCCAAUGCAAUAUGGCAAAACUUCAAAGACUUCGUCACUGAGAUUCAAAAAUAAGUUGAUUUGGUUUA